UGCGGAAAAAGAUAGUUAACAUUACAAAUGCUGUUACUAAUAGGGAAAGCCUUUUAGUCACCGAGUUUUAAAAAGGCAGGUGAAAAUAAAAGUCUGUUCUUAAACUUUUAGCGGAUUUUGUAAGCAUCAGUGUUUGAUGGUUUCUGGGCGAUCAUUUCUUCUCUCCUGCCGUUUAGGGAUUAAAACCUGUGAGCGGAUCCAGGGGGUGCCAAAGCAAAAAUUUUUUUGCGUAAACUUCUUUUGCAACAUCCGCGCGCCUAUCAACCCAUUUCCUGUACUUCAUAAAUUAAUUCCACGUUCCACAGUUCCAUGCCGAUAAACAUGAUUUCUGUAUCAAGAAUGCUUGUGAUAAACAAAAUGAAACAUGUGAUUUAAAAAAAAUGGACUUCGGAAUUAAGAUACAAGAUAUUCUUUUAAAGUUGCAAAAUAAAAUGGUAAAAGUUUCAGACAAUAAACCAAUUUACCUAAAACUUGUUACUUGCUUUUGGUCUCUUCUCCAUUGCUGUCCAGGAGUUCUUGAGGUUAACAGCGAGCCUGAAAUCCUCUUCAGCUUAAAUUGUGUUUCAUUCUUCUUAACUAAAUCAAUUAGGCUUGUAUUGUAAGAAUACAUUAGACGACAAACUCGACACAAACGAGAUCGACAAGGCUAUUCUCAGUCCACAACAUCUAUUAUUUAACUGAUUUCCAUCGUAUAUUCAAUCUUUCGAAAAUCGAUAAAAGCUUAAAUUUUAUCGCUUUCUUUUGCAAUGAUUAGCUUAAAAAUUCUAUUUAAAUUUAAACUCAUCAUCACUCUAAACACACCCAUGCUGCAAAUUUUCAAUUUAAUAAUGAAAUGCGAGCUAAAAUUAUAGCCAUAAAAUCGUGUGUAACUCUUAAUUCUCCAUUGUCCACACUAGAUAAACUCAGUUUCUUUAACCAACAAACUUCCUCUUUUAAAACGAAUUAUGUCCCAAAGGCGGCCACUUUGUAUUUUUGAAAGCCCAAUUACUGAAAAGUUAAAUAUCUAGAAGGAAGCUAGUUUUUUAUGCAAAUACAUCAAAAGCUGCAAAAAACCACGACACAGCAGGGUAUAAGUUUCAAGCUGUGUUUUGUACACUUAUCAGGACAAAUACGAUAUUUAUUUUGUUAGUCUACGGGGUGACUAAUAGAUUGUUUGAAGUUGAUUUAGCAAAACGUGCUGGUAGGGGUUCAAACAGAGCCAAACUCAGGCACUCAUCUAUCAUCCGAGCUCGAAAAAAGCGAAAAAUAAAGAAUGAUACAUCUUCCUUCCUUUCUCUUUUUAUGUUGAAACACCUCUUUUCAACAAAAUCUGAAUAGUGGCAAUAAGAGCACUUUUUAUUUCACACAUUUCCAUUGUUUAUUGAAUUUUACACAGUUAGACAGAUUUUCAUCAAUGCUAAUUCUCGCUAUAGGAUACAAAAAAAUAGCUUUUGUAUCAAAGCUUAAAAGCAGCCUUUUUAGGAGCUUAACAUUCAACUUCACUAAAUUAUAUAAUCAUAUAUCUGUGUACAUAAAUAUUGAAGGAUUUCCAGAGUUGAUAUGUAGUCAGGAACAUUCAAACGCUAAUUAGAUGAUUGAACACGAAAGUUUGUUACUCUUUGUCAAAUUCAAUUCACAGAUUCUUACGUUUUACAAGCAGCUGUAGAAACAGAGUAAAAUACCGAAAAACCGCACCGCAAAACUAAAGUAUCUCUAAUAAAAAAAUUACCUGAUAAAGAUAUACAAUUUACUAAGAAAAAUGUUUUUCUUGUGUUCGAAGAAUGCUUGAACAUCUUGCAUUCCGAUAGUUGAGUGGAAUCAUAAACGCAGUUUGGCUGAGCCUCGACCAAUCACCACUCGAGAUUGAUAGGACUCUAAAGGAAGUUAUUCGCAUGGUAGGUGGCCAUUAAAAGCUAGAAAGGCGGGUAUCAUAAAUUACCUUAAUCACCAAUCUAUAAAAGAGCAGGACUUUUGACAUAUAUAAAAGAAAUCCUGAUCGCAAUAGUCAAGCCACAUCAUAUCUCUGCAUCUUUUGAUGAAAGUGCUUCUUAUCUGAGUCUGGGUGAUUUGAUGUAAGUUGGACUCAGCGAGAAACGCGCUCUCGAAUGCUUUGUUUGUUGGGAAAAGCUCUGUUGGAGUGCGUUUAAUAUCGCAACACUUAAGUGGGUGAUUGGAACACCGUGUUAGGGGCUCACCAAUCUUGGCAUCAGGCAUAAAGAGCCAAGCACUGUACCACAACGCAGCUAGAUCAUCUUGAGUAAUCAGAAAUGGAGGAGUGUGCACCGGAGUCUCCACUGAGAAACGAUUACGACUAUGAAGAACUGGGCGAAAACCAGCAAGAACCGGCCAGCGACGACGACAGUGAUACCGAAUCUGACGCCUUGAAUACUGACUGUAACGAGAACGCAAGGGAGAGAGAUACCCCAGAAGUCGUUACUGAUGUAGACGCGGAGAAAAGUGUCUCGCAUUUGGUGAAGAAGGAAACUAUAGUAGACGAUGAUGCAGACGUAAAACCUGCGCAUUCAUACAUCGCACUAAUAGCUAUGGCCAUUCUCAGUAACUCCAGCAAGAAAAUGAUCCUUGGCGAUAUAUACCAGUAUAUCUCUGAUAAUUUCCCCUAUUAUCGCAAUAAGGACAAAUCGUGGCGCAACAGCAUCCGUCACAACCUCUCUCUGAAUGAAUGCUUUAUUAAAGCUGGAAGAAGUGAGAAUGGGAAGGGGAAUUACUGGGCUAUCCACCCUGCUAAUCUGGAAGACUUUGCCAAUGGCGACUUUCGGCGGCGGCGCGCGAGGCGUAGGGUGCGUAAAAGCAACGCGCUAAAGUACGGAGUAAGCGCUGGAUAUCCGUACUUUCGGAGCUUUACUCCGUAUACGCCUUACUCCAGUUACUUGGCGUAUCGAGCAGACGACUUAACGCGUGUUUUUAACGGGUAUCCGAGCUCGUAUCAGCUUCCGCAGGUUUCAGUGGCGCGCAAGAGUUUUGCAAUUGACGACCUGAUGUCCACCACGCCACAAUACAACCAGGACGCGCUACACAAGCCAGAGUACUCCGACUCGAGUGCUGCUGUGGCAGUCAGCAAUAGUUAUAGCGGUCUUACAUCCCCAAGACACAUAUACGCUGGUACUUAUGGCUCUUCCUUUUCCGGCUAUUCGUGUCUAUCUAGUCUUGCGGGUUACAGCAGUGCUGAACGGCGCGAAAAGGAAAGCUGGCAGGAUACACUGUGUAAACUCCAAGAACAACUGCGAAAGACGUCCCAUUUAUGAGAUAAGCAAUGGAGCGCCACAGCGCGGGAUCGAUAAGUGAACGGAACACGCGGGAAAAGAUGCGAGGCAACGCGGAAUUCUAUAUGCACACAGGCAGGUGGUGUAACACACGACUAUAAGUGUCGAACGGUGAACAUAAAAACCCACAUUUGAAAAAUUAGAGUGAUUUUCCUAUGAUAGUGCAUCCAUGUAUAUUAUGCUCAUCGAAACACUAGUGAGAGAGCACACGACUGCACAUAAAAUAUAUAAGAUAUCCUGUAAAACUUUGUUUGUCGCUUUCUUGUAAAUAACCGUUUACAAACUAAAACUUGUACUCGUGAAACAACGAAAACGAAUUGGCCCAAAACGAGUCCUUAAAAGACAAUAAAAAGAAAUUUACCAAUCAAUUACAAAAGCUUUUUCGAAUGACAUGAAAGUGCAAAUACAUUCUUCUACAAACUUUGAAUACGCUGCAUUAUUAUCAGAUUUUAAAAUAUAAGAAGGUGACCUCAGGACGAAAGGUUAAACACAUUUUAUCGUCCUUUUUUUAGAUUUGCAUCAAGAAUAAUCUUUCUAAAGUGAAACACACUAAAGUUCUUCCAAGAUGUGACAUUACGCAGUUGAUUAAGAAAUAGCACAACAACGCCUAAAGUAAAGAAACCUUGUGAAUUCCACAAUAAAGGCAAUGUUCAUGA